CUCUGCUUUAAGAUCUCGUAACAUUGUCAAGUUGAAGUCGAACUCUUUCCGUCCGAUCAAAUGACAGACUUGGCUUUUUCUUUUCUAUUCUAUGUUACGCCUCCGACCUAUUGUGAGGAGAUGAAGCGAGAGCUCGUGCUCUUCCAGCGUGAGCUUGUACUGACACGCGAGGAUGCUGAACGCGCGAAAUGGGUCCAGGGUAUCGACUGUGAGGGCGGUUUUUCGUUGUCAGCCCCCUCUUCCAGGAUGGAGAGACUUGGAGUGAGCGGCAGGAUUGGGACGAGCAGUGCUAGCUUGAUGGUCGGUCGUCAAGCUGGACCCUGGACCGCGGCAACGGGCGAUUGGUUCCCACGUGACUUAAUUAAGGACAAGACGUGUCUUCGCGUCGCGUACCUAGAAUCAAAGAGUCAAUACAUUUCCAACAUAAGAUCGUUGGCCGUCUGUAGUUCUAUCUUGAAGAAAUUGUCCAGGGAAUAA